AUGCCCAAUAAACCCCCUUGCACCUGCACCUACCUCCAGCUCAUCCAGCCCUGCCCACAAGUCCGCGUCUUCUCUGUCGCAGGAAGCCCCACGCCCCUGAUCCAAGUCUGUCCUAUCCGGUACAUCGCCCGCGGCGUCGGACAGCGCUUCUGCGCUCUGUGCAGCCGGGCCGCGGGUAUUGGUGGACCGGGUACGGUUGGGCUGGUGGGAUACCCAGAACAACAGGGAUUUGGGGGCUCGCAGCUGGCAUCGACAUCUCAACAAUCGGUGCAGCAGGCGACGCCUCUUGAUCCGUGUCUUGUCGGGGGAGGGAUUUCGAUUCGGGAUCUGUUGCUUCCGAUGGGGGAGGAGAGCACGGGUUCGUUGGGGACUGCUGGGGAUGCGGAGAGGAGGGAUGAGGCGAGUGUGCAGGGCUCUUGUUCUUCAGAGUUGUCGAUACAGUCGUUGCUAGUGCAGGCUGAGUCGGGAGGAGGGUUGGUUGCUGAUGGGCAUGGUGCGGCGGUGCCGGAGUGCGCGCAGGUUGAUGAAGUGCGGAUGGUUCAGGCUGGGCCUGUAGUGGAGGAAGAAGCAUCAAAUGGGGGAAACGGGGAGGUGAGAGCUGAUCGAAAGGAGGAUGAGAGAGAUCAUGCCAACGACGUUGGAGGGUCCGAUCCCGAGGGAAGGGCUUCUGUCCAGGGAAUGCAGAUAGUUCUUGACCGGGACCAGAAGUCUUCUACGAUUGGUUGA